UGGGGCCACAUGGGGAGCUUGUGGGGGCCAAGGGGACUCGGAUCCGGCCCUCCCUCCUCCUAGCGGGACCUGAAGCCGCCGGAGUAGGCGCAGCGCCCCUACAGCCAGCUUUUCCGCCUCCAUCUCCUCCUCCACCUCCUCUUCCUUCCCCCAGCGGGCGUGCAGUCUCAACCGGUUCAGACUGGCCCGGGUGCCUCUGCAAAGGCAAUCGGCGAGUGGGACCACCCCGGGAGUGACUUCCCGGGGUGGGGGCGGGAAGGUGGAGUUGGCGGGGAGGGCUGCACUCCAUGUGUCCCCGGGGCAGAGGGCGGUGGCGGUGGACUGCGCACAGCGGGAUCGGUCGCCCGGUACACGGCGAGGAUCAGCAGGCGAGGAUCAGCAGCCGCGUCCCGAGCUGAGUCCGCGGCCCCAGCCGAGCACGGGACUCAGUACCUACAGAGAGAACCCUCGCUGAUUUCAUCUCACAAUGGAGUUUCAGAAGUCCCCUGAUGGCGGGUGGGGCUGGGUGAUUGUGGUCGCCUCCUUCUUCACUCAGUUCCUCUGUUACGGAUCUCCGUUAGCUGUUGGGGUCCUGUACAUAGAAUGGUUGGAUGCCUUUGGUGAAGGAAAAGGAAAAACAGCCUGGGUGGGAUCCCUGGCAAGUGGAGUCGGCUUACUUGCAAGUCCUGUCUGCAGUCUCUGUGUGUCAUCUUUUGGAGCCAGACCAGUCACAAUCUUCAGUGGCUUCCUGGUGGCUGGAGGCCUGAUGCUGAGUAGCCUGGCCCCCAAUAUCUACUUUCUGUUUUUUUCCUAUGGCAUCAUUGUAGGUCUCGGGUGUGGCUUGUUAUACACUGCGACAGUGACCAUUACAUGCCAGUAUUUUGACAGCCGCCGCGGCCUCGCACUUGGCCUAAUUUCAACAGGUUCCAGCGUGGGCCUUUUCAUCUACGCCGCUCUGCAGAGGUUGCUGAUAGAGUUCUAUGGCCUGGAUGGGUGCCUACUUAUUGUGGGCGCUUUGGCUUUAAACAUACUAGCCUGUGGCAGUCUGAUGAGGCCCUUGCAGUCUCCCAACUGUCCUUUUCCUGAAAAAAUAGCUCCGGAGAAUGUUCUGGAGAGAUACUCCAUCUACAACGAGAAAGAGAAGAGCCUGGAAGAAAAUAUGAACAUCUUGGACAAGAGCUACAGUAGCGAAGAUAAAUGCAACAGCACUUUGCCCAAUGGCGACUGGGGACGAGGGACUCCUAAAAGCCCCACAGAGGUAGCACUCGCCAAGGAGCCUGAGCCGUACAAAAAGAAGGUUGUGGAACAGACUUACUUUUGCAAGCAGCUUGCCAAGAGGAAAUGGCAAUUAUAUAGGAACUACUGCGGCGAGACGGUGUCUCUUUUUAAAAACAAAGUCUUCUCGGCACUUUUCAUCGCCAUCCUGCUUUUUGACAUCGGAGGGUUCCCGCCAUCGCUACUCAUGGAGGAUGUAGCGAGAAGUUCCAACGUGAGGGAAGAGGACCUCACCAUGCCACUCAUCUCUAUUAUCGGCAUCAUGACAGCCGUGGGCAAGCUUCUUUUAGGCAUCAUGGCUGACAUCAAGUGGGUCAACACCUUGUAUCUCUAUGUAGCUACCCUGAUCAUCACCGGCCUGGCCUUGUGUGCCAUACCCCUUGCCAAGAGUUACGUCACCCUGGCGAUACUUUCUGGGAUCUUGGGUUUUCUUACUGGUAAUUGGUCCAUCUUCCCAUAUGUGACCACAAAGACUGUAGGGAUUGACAAAUUAGCCCACGCCUAUGGAAUACUAAUGUUCUUCGCGGGACUUGGGAAUAGCCUUGGGCCACCGAUUGUUGGUUGGUUCUAUGACUGGACACAGACCUAUGACAUCGCCUUUUAUUUCAGUGGCUUCUGUGUCCUGUUGGGGGGCUUCAUCCUGCUGCUUGCCUCCUUGCCCUGUUGGGACACAUGCAACAAGAAACUCCCUAAGCCAACGCCAACAACCUUUUUCUACAAAGUUGCCUCUAAUGUUUAGAGGGAUAUUAAAAGGCAUUAUUUUCUCUA